AUGCAAGGACACGGCUGGGCCCGCCCUCAGCAGCCCCAGAUGACCGGCUACCCACAACAGCAACAGCAGCAGCAGCAGCAGCAGCAGCAACAGCUUGGCAGCGGCUUUCUCCAGCCCCAGCAAACUGGCUACCCCGGCAUGUCGCAGUUCCAAAGGCCUAUGCAAACCGGCAUGCCCUAUCAACACCAGCAGCAGCAGCCACAACAAGGCCUCAUGCCUCAGCAAACUGGUAUGAUGGGCGGCAUGGGCAUGCAGCAGGCCCGUCCGCAAACCACCUCCAGCUUCCUCUCUCCUGGUCCCACAGGUAUGGGCAUGGGCAUGGGCAUGGGCAUGACUGGUAGCGGUCUUCAGCCCCAGCCAACAGGCUACAUGGGCGGUCUUCAGCCUCAGCAGACCGGCUAUGUGGCCGGUGGAGGUCUACAGAUGCAACCGACCGGCAUCAUGCCGCAGAUGACGGGCAUGCCUAUCCGCGAUCCACGCAUGCAGCUCAUGAGCACCCAGUUCUUGCCUGCUUCUCAACCCUUCUCCGGUGCUCCCGUUGCAGGCAACAUGAACUUCAGUCAAGCCAGCGUGCAACCCUCCAACUUUCAGUCACAGAUCCAAAACCUCAGCCAACAGCAACAGGGCUCCAAGGAGCCUCGCAUCCCCUGGGCUCUCACCAAAGAAGAACGCAAAAGCUACGAUGCCAUCUUUCGUGCUUGGGAUGCCCAGGGUACCGGCUUCAUCAACGGAGAAGUGGCGCGAGAGGUGUUUGGUCAGAGUGGUCUCGAGACCGAAAAGCUCAUGCAGAUCUGGCACCUUGCCGACGUCGGCAAUCGUGGAAAGCUCAACAUUAACGAGUUCCACGUAGCUAUGGGUCUCAUCUACCGUGCCCUCAACGGAAAUGACGUGCCAGAAACGCUGCCUCGCGAGCUCAUCCCUCCCUCGGCCCAGGACCUUAACGACUCGGUCGAUUUCCUCAAAGACUUGCUGAAAAAGGACACCAACGUGCGUCACAGCACUGGUCUCAACAUCCCCGAAGCCGGUUCCAACAGCGGCGCCUCGUACGCAAAAGCUCGUUCCUUCCACGAGAACCCCGUCGCCCCGAAGAAAGACGCCACCGCCUACAAGCACGACGACACCGACGUUCCUAGCUACAAAAGUAGCAGUCGUCAUCUUGACCGUAAGACUGUGCGAUACGAGGGUCAGAGCGCCACAGACGAUCUCAGCGAGAUGAAGCGUCAGCUCGAGAAUACCCAAAAAUUGCUCGACAAGCAGGGUGCCGACGAUGACGAGGAUCGUGAACUCGAGCGCGAGAUGGACGACCUUCGCUACCGCAUCCGACGCGUCCAGGAUGACAUCGAGUACUACAAUCGACGAGGCGGCCGCGAUUCUGCCGACCUGCGUCGCAAGGCUGAGCGCGAGCUGAUGCACCUCAUGCACGAGCGUCUGCCUCAGCUCGAGAAGCGCAUCGAAGCCAAGGACAGCCGUCAGCGCGAGCGCGAGCUUGACCAGAGUCGCGCAAGGGACCGCCGCAACGACCCUUACAAUCGCUAUUCGUCUGCAUCGAGCGAUCGUGAUCGCGGCACUAGUCGCUCCGGUUCUGCACUCGGUGACGGCGAGUAUCUUCGUGGCACUUUUGACCGUGACGGCGACAGGCGCAGGGACGACGACGAUCGCUACCACCGCAGAGAUGACACCAGUGACCGUGACAACGGCCGGUCUACAUCUUCAUCUGCGUCGCAGCCACCUCCGCCUCCUCCGGCCGCUGCAUCUGCCAAGCCUGCUGCCCCUUCGCCUGCGCCUUCAACGCCGACUGCCAGCUUGGGUCCCCCCAAGAACAUGUCUGCAGAGGAGCGCGCUGCUUGGAUCCGCUCCGAGGCCCAGCGCCGUGUGCAAGAGCGCAUGCGCAUGCUUGGUGCCGUCGCUCCUGCUGGUCCCACUGCCGUCGACACCAGCGUCGAGGAUCGACUAAAAGCCGAGCAAGCCGAAGCAGCUGCCAGGAGUGCCCAGGCCGAUCAAGAAGCCGCGGCUCGCGAGGAAGCUCGAAAGGCCCGUCUGGAAGAGCAUCGCUUACAGACGGAGAAGAGCAGCCUUGCCACAGUCAAGAAGGAGAUUCAAGAAGCGGAAAAGGCCGACAAUCCUCCUCCCGCUCCGAUCGUACAGGCAGCCAAGGAAGAGAUCGACGACCAAGAAAAGAUGAUCCGACGUCGUGAGGAGGUGCUUGCGAAGGAAAAAGCAGAACGCGAGGCUCGUCUUAAGAGGCUUGAAGAGCAAGAGGAAGAGGCUCGCAAGCAGGAGGAAGCCUUCAAGGAGCGUCAGAGCAUGUUCAACAGUGGCUCCAAAUCAGCGUCGUCUGCUCUUCCUCCUCCUUCUCGCAAGUCAGGCAAGUCGGCUGCGCCGCCACCGCCACCCCCGUCGCGAUCGCGCGCUGCUCCAGCCCCAGCUGCCGCUGCCGCUGCACCACCUGCGCCACCUUCGACGCUCACUCCUCCCGAGGUGCCAGCCGCGCCAGCCGCGCCUGCUCAGCCUAGCCCAACCCACAGCGCUGGCUCCAGCACCAACCCUUUCCACCGAAUGCAGCAAGGUGCGGGCGGUGCCGCCGCCGCCGGCUCGCAGACGGACGCUCCUGCAGCUCCGGCCGUGGUAGCGCCUGGCGGAGGCACCAACCCCUUCUUUCGCUCUCAGCAACCCGCAUCUGACUCGAACCUACCUCCCGCUAGCCGUGCUACUCCACCCAUAUCCGCUCAGCCCACCGGAAGUACUCCCAAAUCUGGUUCGCGCACUAUUCACACGGCGCCCAAGCACGAUGACGACGACUGGGAGGAGUCUGACAAAGACGAAGACGACGAUGAGGCGGAUGGGCCGGGCUCGAGCACUCGCGCCACUCGUCAGAACCUCGCGCAGGCCUUGUUCAGCAACUUGAUUCCCAGCAGUGGCCGAUCCACUCCUCCUGCGUCGGUACCGAGCGCUCCGGCGGCUCCUCCUGCGCCGCCUGCUGCCCCUCCCGCGCCUGCUGCGCCCGCUGCGCCCGUGAUCAAGCCUGCUGCAGGCCCUGUUGACCGUGGUGCUUUGCUCGGCCAAAUUCAGGGUGGUCUGAAGCUUAAAAAGGCGCAAACCAACGACCGAUCCAAGGCACUUGUUACCGGUAGCGUGAUUGGAGAUGCAUCGGCGCCUGCGCAGAAGUACGUUCCGCCUCCCAGCCCUCCAGCGGCUCUCGAAGCAUCUUCAGCAGUUGCCGAGCGAUACGUCGACGAGAGCGCGCCUGCGCCACCUGCACCGCCUGCUCCGCCUGCUCCUAGUAUGCCGGGCUCGUUUGACGCUGAUGCUGGUGCUGAAGACUUUACUAGCGGCAAUGCCAACCGACAGAGCGUUGACUGGGCCAAGAGCCUUGCCAACGAUCAAGCUAACACGAAGGCGGCAUUUGCGCCUGACGAGCCAUCCGUACGUGAGGAAGCGGAGGAAGACAGCCCAGACGAGGACGAAGGACCAGAAAAUCUUGAUGCUGGCCGAAAGUUUGUCAACGGUCAUGUCGGUAUUGGCGAAGACGACGUGCAUGGCUUUGAUCUCUCACGCACCGUGCGUGUCCGUACGCUGUACAGCUACGCUGCUCAACGCGACGAGGAUUUGUCGUUCGACGAGAACGACGUGCUGUCUGCGCACCCAGCCAAGGACGAUGACAGUGCGUGGUGGUACGGAUCGCUCGUGAGCGGAGCCAAGAAAGGCUUUUUCCCGCGCUCGUACGUCGAGCCGAUUGAUAAGCCCGCCAAGGCCAAGGCACUCUACGACUAUUCGGGAGCUUCGGCAGAGGAAGCCAGCUUCGCCGAGGGCGACACACUCAACGUUGUCGAUCAGGAAGAUGCCAACUGGUGGCGCGUCGAUGUUGGCGGUCCAAAGAUCCUCGUCGCUCCCGCCACGUAUUUGGAGCUUUCCGGACGAAACGCGUCUUGGAAGAAAGCUACGACGACACCACUGCAGACGAACGAAGACAGCGACGGCGGAUCGGGCGUCAUGGUGCGUGUCCAGUCGCAAGACUCUGCAGCCGACCCUACCAACAAGACUUUGCACAGAAGUGCAGACUGGGUCAUCGUAGACGACGAGGCGCGCAGCCUUGGCUCUUCUACUAUCCACAUUCAGACACCACUGCCCAACACUACCGUCGAGGCCGAGGCCGAGGCCGAAGCCGAAGCCGACGAAGAAGCGCAGCUCAAUGCAGCCCUGGAAGCAUCGCAAAAGGAUCAAAGGCUUAGAGACGUGGAUCGAAUGCGUGAAGAUCGACAGCUGCAAAAAGCGAUCCAAGCAUCCAAGAUGGAGGCGGUCGCCUACGCUCUUGGCUCCAUCCAAGUUUCGGCAGAGCCAAGCAAAAAGGCAGAGCAGAGUCAAAUGCACCAAGUGGAUGGGUCGGAGGAUAGCGAUUCGACCACGGGCUGGACUUCGAGCGAAGAUGACGACGACGAUGAUGAUGAUCAACAUGACGCGGCUGCUGCGACGACGACGUCGACGGCAGCAGAGGAGGGUGUGACGCCACACACGGACGAAGAGAUUCGGCAGCACACCAUCGAGAGACUUCGCGUGCUCGAAGCAGCUGGUGUACUCGUCAAGACGGACGAUUCGGCGAGCAACAACGCAGACGAGCACAGCAAAGAAGAAUAUGGCCAUCUGCCAAAAAACAUGGGAGGAGUCGAGUCGAGAAAAACCGCCAAACCUGCUCGUCGUCCUCCCCCACCGCCAGGACAAAAACGCCACAAGAAUCUCGACGAGCUAGUUAAGCUCUCGCGCUCACGCACAUCUAAGCGACCUGCCAAACCUGAGGAGCCGCAACGUCGCAAGCCUCCUCAUCGACCUCGCAAGAAGCCAAGUCGAGAUCUGCCACCUCUGCCCACCGAUGGCACCGCUGCGCCUGCGACCAGCAGCAACUACGCACAGGCCGAAGCGGUGCAAGAAGAUCGCAUGGAAGACGCAUACGAUCGAUACUUGAAGCUGACAAAAGAGGUCUCGCUGCAGCCCAUCCUGCCUGCCACGAUCAGCGCCUCUGCAUCGGCAAGAAAUGCAGCUGUCAGUCCUUCUUGGCCUGCUCCCACUUUGUCGCCGGCUAGACCGAGUUCCGCUGCAGGAGAAUCGUCGUCUCGCACGUCUACUUUCUUGUCGACGAUCAAGUCCAUGUCGCAUCGCAGCGCCUGGACUGGUUCAUCGAGUGCAGCCCCCUCGAGCCUGGGAGGGAGGAUCGUGAGCGGUCCGAUCGCUAUGGGCACAGCCAGCACAUCGGGUGGCGUCUCGCAGGCGACUUGGAUCUCUGAAUCACAGCGCGCUGGUGAUGCAUCGCCCGAAGCUCUCGGCACGCCCUCUAUCGCGGCUCGCAGCGGUGCUCCAUCGUGGUCGAGCCUGGUUGGACCCGAGUUGCUCUCUGGUCUUUCGGACACAGAGCGAAAACGUCAGGAGGCGAUCUUCGAGCUCAUAUCCACCGAGACGGCGCACGUUCGUGAUCUGCAGAUCAUUGUCGAGGUGUUUUUCAACUCGAUGCAAAGCAUGCUCUCGGAGAAAGCUAGUACGGUGAUCUUUGCCAACAUCGAAAGCGUGCUUUUGACGGCUGUCUCGUACCUGUCGGACCUCGAAGCAAGACAGAAGGAGGACCGCCUGUUUGUUACGGCGAUUGGCGAUGUGCUCGAGCGACACAUGCCGGCGAUGAGCGUAUACUUGCCUUACUGCGUCAACCAGCAGAGUGCAGGCGAGAUCCUCGAGGCUGAAAGAAAGCGCGACACGCGCAUUGACAUUCAUCUGCUCAAUCUGCGCACGAACCAUCCGGCUGCACGUGGUCUCGAUCUGAGCCACUUUCUGCUGGUACCCAUGCAGCGCUUGACCAGAUACCCUCUGCUGCUCGCACAGAUCUUACGUUAUACUCCGCAUGAGCAUGUGGAUUCGGUGAAAAUCGAAUCGGCCAAACACACAGCAGAGAGCAUCUUGGCAAAGACGAACGAAGCGAUUCGGGAAAACGAGGAUCUCAGCGCGCUCGCCAAGCUUUCGGAGAAUCUGUGGCUGGGAGAUCAAGUACGUCUUGAUCUGACCAAGCCUUUUGCUGACGGAGGUCGAGCGGAUGUGAAGAGGCACCGUCGCGUGCUGCGCGAUGAGGUGGUGACCAAAUCUAAGUCCGGCAGGAAACUGCGAUUGGUGCUGACCACGGAUCUGUUGCUCGUGCUACAUGCACAAGAUAGCAGUCUAUACAGGAUCCCGAUUCCUGUCGAUGAGGUGUCGGCAUCUCAAGCCAAGCCCACGCCCAAGCCCAAGAGUGCCAAGUAUGCAGAUACCUUCACCAUUGUCCAUCAGUUGAACCGCAUGCAGACCCACACGCUCAAGUUGCGAGCUCCAACUCCCGCGAAUGCCCACGCUUGGAUUAGACUCAUUAACACCGCACGAGCUGACGCCAACGCUUCAAACACUUAG